UGCAUUUACUUCUACGUCGCUACUCCUCAAACGCCCGACGUCGAGCAACCCCUUUGUUCAGUCGUGGCACUGCAGCUUCGAUAUAUUAAACUUCGACGUAAACCUAAACCUCUUUAACUUUGUUGUGCGGCGGCUUUCAUGCUGCUACAACUAAUAAACGCAGGCGAAAAUAAAAAUGGCUGACACGAUGUCGCCGCCGCCAGGACGGCGCCAAGCUAGAAGAAACAUGCUGGGUUAUUUUUCGCCUGCUGUGUUGCUGCACCUAGGUUUUUUCUUCCCCCUGCUCGUCGAUUCGAACAUCUCGACAACCGAGACAAACACGGUGACGCCAUCGACCGGAGCUAGCUUCUCCGCGGAUAUCGAACUAGUUUCAACAGCACCAUCCGACGCGACCCAGCCCCAACAGCUGCUCACGACCUCGUCUUCCUACUUCAAAGUGGCCUUCUCGAAGCCGUCUAAUGAGGUGCUUUUUCUCAAACCAUUGCAGCACUGCUCGCCCUGGGGAUGCGGCAGCCGGGCGACGGUGGGGCUGAACUUCGGGAUCUUCGAUUCCGAGGGAAACGCUGGGUCGUACGAAGAUAAUGCGAUGAUGAACUACGCUGGAGCUGGAGGUGGCAGUAUUAGUGCUUCUGGCAUGACAAGCUCGUGCUUCAUGCUCCCGAUCGACCCGGAUGAUUUGGUGAUGGAAGUGGAGGAGACAACUCCUGCGAAUGACAAGGCCAGGCAGACUCCUGAGAAUAAGGACCAACAGCAAGCCGCGACUUCGACAACAGCAACCACAACUUCCAAAGAAGUCGUCACCAGUACAACUUCUAAACCAGAUCCUACUUACGCUCGGAAAAUUUACACCGUGGUUUACUGCAGCAGCAGCACCAGUCAAGAUGGGACAAGUAGCACGUCGUGGUUCGGAAGUGCUGCAGCCGCUUCAACAUCGUCUACUGGGACUGGCGGCGCCGAUGCAACAACAGCAGCCCAACACCAUUCCAAAACAGCUCUGAAGCCCCAACUCCUUGACAGAGGUGUUGCGAUCUACGAGACCAGCGUUUCCAGCACGACUUCGAGGACCACAGAGGGAAACGCCGAAAUCGAUUUCGAGCAGACGAGCAGAUUCCUCGACGAAGCCGCCUGCAAAACUUUGUUUCCCAAGAUCAAAGACGAAGAGUGUGCGGCGGCUAUGGAGACGAAAGAAACUGUCGCGGUGGUCAAGGCGGCGGGGAAACUCGGAUACCUUACGAAAACGGACAACGGCAGUGGGCCAAUUUCAUCACGACAAACAGGAACUGCUGCUGGGACAACUGCGAACAAGAAUGCCAAGGACCAAGAAGACCAAGUAAUUUCCGUCCGGUCCCGGCUCCAGGACGAGUUGGGGUUGUUUGCGAUGAUGAAGGCGGUGGUCUUUUACGAAGAAGAUCUGGUGAACGGGAACGGAAAAAACAUCUUCCACCAACCGAUAAGAUUGAGUCACCCCUGCUUCACAAUUGGAUCCUCUUCCGCUGGUUCCAUGCAGAUGAACACCGGUGUUGGAUCAUCGGCCGCAUCGGCAAUCUCCUUCCCCAAAUGCAGCGUUAACGACGAGAUCUGUACCAAUUUUGGCGACACGGAGAUCAGUACGGAUGAGCAGGACGAGAUCUUCACGAGUUUGAAAACGGUCAGUGAUGCCACGAAUGGUUUGACUUCUUCUUCCCCGGGUGUGGCUAUCGCUUCUUCGAUCACGUGCAGUCCGAAAACGUUCGCGGAGGCCUUGAUCGCGGCUUUUUGGACCUUACGGGAGGAUUUAACCGUCUUGCCGUAUGAAGAGGAGCACGGGGCUACGAGUAGCGACAAGGAAAGUCUUUCCAAAGAAAAAACUACUGCAGCUCCGAACUCCGCCCAGCAUGCCAACCUUUCUGACUUGUACGGGCAAAAACUCGGGGCCUUUUUGCUCCAACCGGUUUUACCUCCGAAAGAUGACCAUAGCGGAACAAAGGCGAAAACGGCCACGACCACUUCCGCUAUUGACGACGAUGAGACGGCCGCGAAUUCCGAUGUGUACCAGAACGAAAAUGUGGAAACUUUGUUCGGCACUUUGAAGGAAACGGACUAUGUGCAGCAAGUUCUCUCCAUCCACGCGUCUGAUGUAUCGAUUCUCCCAGCGAACUUCCUUCCGCAACCAGCGGUGUCCGGCGGCACAACUGCCACGACGUUUUCCAACAGUCCAGCCAGCGCCGCAUUUGAUGUGGGCGUGCAGAACAGCGAUACGUGGACGGAGAUUUUCGCUGCUCAAGAAGGCUCCGACAGCAGCACAUCAACGCAGCCGGUAACUACGACGCAGAUUUCUGAGUUCCUGAAACCGAACCACCAGACACUGUUCAUCAAGCUCCAAGUGCAGCGGAAGAACCCAUUGGACGGAACGAGGUUGCAAACCAGCUAUUUGCCCGGUGCGACGAAAAUUGAUCCCAACAAAGAGGUGGAAGAAACGACAAAUACAGAAACCACAACAGUUUCCACCAACCCCUACGUGCGGUUACUGGGGGAAAAACUACACAAGCACCACCCUCUCGCGAACAACUUAGUCCCCGAUGCGAACGACAUUACGCAAUCCCACCAGCAAGUUUCCGAAGAGGAGACGAAAAAAGGGCCGAUUGUGGUGGACACAGACAGUGUUUUUUUACCACCGGAAAGAACGAAGAAGAAGGUGGUCAUCCUCUAUUUCGCCUACACGGGCUGCCCCUGUUGCCAGCGGUUCACCCCGCAACUCGCAGAGUGGUACAAUGAUGGGCUGUUGAAGGACACCGAGAUUGUGUUUGUCGCGCACGAUAGCAAAUGGGAGGACGGGGUCAGUUACUGGAACUUGAAAAUGCCCUGGUACAUGCUACCGCGGAACGGAAUCGACGGGAAGAAAUUCACGACGGAGGGGGAAUAUUUCAAGUUAGUGGAGAAACCAUUACGAAAAUUCCCCUGCACCGAUUUGCAACAGAACAACGAGUGCCCGGUGCAGAUCAAGCGGUACCCGACGCUGUUGAUGAUCGACGCGAAAACAGGGCAGUUCAUCCGGAAAUACGUGGGGGACGGAACGACCUUGAACAACAUUUUGGACUACAUCCCGGAAGAUGAUGAAAAACCGUAUGAAUUGCAAAAGUAUCGUACUCGUAGUAAUUGCUGUUGUGCAUGACAAAUCUCCUUCCCAAGGUAAAACCGCAUUACAAAUUUCAUUUGUAAUGCUAAGCAAAUUUGUAAUGCAAUUACUACUAGUACGAUACUUUUGUAAUGCAUAAACCGAUCACCACUACAACGGCGGUUCCGGUGAAUUCUAUGAAGAAACCUUUUCCGCAAUUCAACGCGAAAGAAGCGAUUAAGCGACAGGAAACCGAUAUCGCAAGAAAAAACUGUUUCACUGUGAACUUGUGAUGCAGAGAAUGGAACACAGAACCAUUUGUCUUGCUACACCUGCAAGGCAUUGGAUGUUUGAGCGUGUUUUCCCUUGGAAAGCGCGCAUGGCAAAUUUUCUGUGUCAUGUGUAGCAAACUUGUGAUGCGGAUCUUGCAAAACCAUCACAGUGAAACAGUUUUUUCGUGGGAUAACCGAGGUCAUGCUGUACAUCAAAGACCACAAAACUGACUUUGUCCCGAUCGAGCUCCGGCAGCUGGGGGUAAAAUCAUCUCUCUUCGCCGAUUAUGCAUUGCAAAAGUAUCGUACUCGUCGUAUAAAUGCAUGACAAAUGUCUCAGCAUGAGAAAAAAAAUUUGUAAUGCGGAUUUAGCUUCAGAAAAAAAUUUGUAAUGCAUGAUUGCAAUACGAAUACGAUACUUUUGCACAGGAUACCGAUAAGGAAGAACGGCGGCAGUUCAACGGGGCCUUUCCGUGGACCAGUUUGAUCCCAGAUACGAAGUUUGAGGUGCGCGACGCCUAUCCAGGAAAAAAACUGUGUAAGUGUAACUCUGUAGGAAGAACAGCAUCACAAAUUCGUUUUGCAUUACAGGGAAAACCUGGCAUGCGCAGCUAGUAGGUGGAAACACGUAUGCAAGUUGCCUAUGACGCACAUCCAGCAUGACAAGCGUAUACAGUUUUGGACUUCCUGCAUCACAGACUUACACUUACACAGUUUUUUUGUUGCAUAACGGCAGGGAAUACUUCAUCAGCAAGGACCAAUGCGACGAUGAGGGGUUCGCUAUCAACUGCAAAAAUGUCUUGGUCUGGAAGUAGGAUGCACCAAGGUUUGUCAUGCUUGUCUGGCAUGACUGCAGAGUUUGUAAUGCGUGUCCAAGAAGAGCGCCUUUUGCUUGGCAUGCAAAAACGCAGUUUGUCAUGCGGAAAAGCUAACGCGAAGCCGCGUAAAUAUUUCUCAUGCGUAGCUGUGCAUUACAGAGCAUUCACUAUUCCCAAUGCACCAUUACAAGUUUCCGGACCCAGACAUCGAUCUUUGCAUUUGAUAUUCGUGACCCGGCUGCAGAAAAUUCUCCACGCGUCGAUGCAGACAUUUUUCAAAACGCCGCGGUCGGAUGAGGUGGAGUGCUUCGUGGUUUUUUCCUUUGAUGAGUUUGGAACGAAGCAAAAUGGGAACGAAAUGGUGGACUUCUGCACAAACGUGAUCGCGAAAGGAUUGCUGCGGAGAACAGUUGCGAAGAUUUUGGUCACGGCCUAUUUUUUACCGAAUCACCAGGGAUUUGCGAACUUCCGGAUUAGAGAUGCCAGAUCGAAGUUGGCACUGCCAGUGGUCUUGGCGGAUACUGCAGCUAGUAGUGCUGCAGCGGCGGGAAACAAAAAAUCGGGUAGUAGUACAACUUCUACUGCGCCGGAAGCUGCUGCUGCCACAACUAGCGCAACGAUCACGACAACCGGCGCUGUUGUGAUCGAGAAGAAGGAAGAACAAGAAAAACACGACCAGUCUGAAGAACUACUCGCAAACGUUUUCCCGUCCGUUUACCUGUCCCGUCGGACCCGCGCGACGAGAAAGAUCACGGAAAAUUUGGAAAAGACCGCGCGGUUUUGCCAGGCGGCGUUCGGACAGGGCAGCUUCGCCGUGGCGGAUAACUCGAUUGCAAACCUCCCGACGAUUGAUUUACUGGAGCAUGAAGUAGAAGAGGAACAAGGUUCACCAUCUUCCAACUGGUUUAGCCUGAGCAAAGCGUCCUCGCCUUGGGAACGAAAAACCUUUUUCGGGAAGCACAACCUGGUCCAAGGGAUCCCCGCGAACAUGCAAUUUACGGAGGAGCAGUACAAAAAUCUAAACUUCAAAUUCGCGGGGGAGAUCGUCUGCAACAUGGGGAACAACUACCCGCUGAUCAGACCGGAAAAGGCUGUUGCAAAAGGACUCUUACCGAUAUGCAAUGCAAAAGUAUCGUACUAGUAUGUAUUGCAUUACAAAUUAGCCCAGUAUUACAAAUUGAAUUUGUAAUGGUGCUGAUUUCCCUUGAGAAAGAGAUUUGUAAUGCAUAAAUGCACUUACUACGAGUGCGAUACUUUUGCACAGGAUAACCGAAAGGAUCGGGUGAAUCAUCUACGAUUUUCACUACAGUCGAGGAGAAACGAUUUUUGACCCUAAACGCCGCCCCGACGGAAUUGAUCGAAAAGGGAGAAGAUAAAGCGGCGGGGGGCAGCAGUCGUGUGAUGUUUCCGGAUUUGGUGAUUGCGAAGAGUCAGAUCGAGGAGAAAUUGGGGGCUGUGGAUCUGAGUGUGCUGUGGAAAAACCAUUUGCUCGCCUGGUGGGGGGAGAGCGUUCUGGGGGAGACGGAAGUGCAAGUGGAGGAGCUGAAGAAAUACUUGGUGAAGACAACUACAAGCAGCGGAACUACAGACCCGACUGACGUGAAGGUGAGCGACGCGGACAAGGAUGGUUGGCAGGAUUUGGUGAAAGAAAAACUGAAAGCCGCUGCUCUCGCUGCAGAUACAACUGUAGAUGAUGUGAAAAGCGAGAAGGAACAAGCCGCAGAUGGAAAAGAACAAACGCCACAACAAACAGGUCCAGAAAAGGACAAACGCGGGAAUAUCCGUUUUACGCUGCCGAUCAUGGCCCAACUGCCGGAUGUGACGCUCCCGUAUGGACUGCAACAGUAUCGUACUAGUAUAAAUCGCAUUACAAAUUAGCCCAGCACGACAAAUGGAAUUUAUCAUGCUGAUUUGGCUUGGAAACGAGAUUUGUAAUGCAUGACUGCGAUUAGAAGUACGAGUACGGUACUUUUGCACUGGAUAUCCCGUUAGAGGACAUGAAACUCGCGUUACACCGGACGAAGAGGAAGUUUAGUCACGAGGAUGAGGUAGAAGCCACGACCGCAGACCCCACGACCUCCGGCACGACGGUCACUUCUAUGAGAGUGCACAAUCCCCCUUCCCCCUCUUUUGAAGGGCACGAAAAGCAGCAACACAGACAGAGGGAGAAAUGUGCGUUCCGCAUGACAAAUCUGCACACGGAUUGUACUACUGUAGUUUGAGGUUCCAAAAUCUGCCAUGCAGAGAGAGCCUAGAGGCAAGAUGUGGACUUGGUAUCCUGCAUUACAAACUUGGCGGAGACAGAGGGGGUUGUGCACUCUUAUCACCUCCGUCGGCCCGGGCCGGAUUUCCGGGAAGUGGAAACGACUGCAAAAAAUCGGGGGGAAGAAUAAAAAGAAAGGCAAAGACAAAGGUGCGGACGCAGGGAGCAGCGGUCAGCAUACGAAGAAAACCACAGGUUUAUCGAAUGCAGAUAUGUCUGGGUCUGGAACAAAGCAACUUGUCAUGCUAAAUCUGAAUCAUGUAAAAAUCUGUGUUGCAUGAUUACCAAAAGCUGUCCACUUUUGACCUACUCGCGAGGCAGUUUCUCAUGCAGGAUAGGCACGAUAGAACUCUUACAGAAUUUGUCAUGCUAUGUCCUACAUACCAGAACAAGACCCGCACCCGAUGGGUCAUAGAAAAUCUGCAUGACAAGUCUGGCAUUCUUCCAGACCAAGACAUUUUUGCAUUUGAUGAGGUUCCGGGAAAAGCAAGAACUCUUCUUCGAAAAACAAAAACGAAAAUUAUGACAGCAAGAGCCACGAAGUCUUGCAGUCCGACGAGGAUGAUGAUGAGGACGACGAGCGAGAUUUCUCCCGCGACUUGACUACCGAACCACUGCUCUCCGACGCGACUUUGGAUCCGAGUUACAUGCUAUGCAUUGCAAAAGUAUCGUACUAGGAGAAAUUGCAUUACAAAUUUUGUCAAUAAAACAAAAGUGCAACUUGUCAUGCUAGUUAGGGUCGAAAAUUGAAUUUGUCAUGCAUGACUGCAACUACCACUAGCGCGCUGCUUUUGCAUUGCAUACAUGCGACUUCGGGACGCGUUUCUCAUGAUGCUGGUGGACCAGUCCGCUCUCGCGCCGCCGGAACAUGGGAGACUUGAGUUCGCGAGAAUGGGAUUGUUCGCGUUGUAUCCCAGUGUAACAGCAGCAGAGGAGGAACCUGCCGAAGGAGAAGAAGGUCAGUCUUCUGACGAGGAACAGAUUACAACUACCAAGAAGCCGAAAGAACAAGCGGCAUCUACUUCAGACGCUGCUGUUGCUACACUCACCCCGGACUACGUGUGCAAACCUUCCUCCGUUUACGCCGAAGACUUCCCAUUACUCUACGAUGACGUCACCCAUGUUUCGGACGACCGCAUGGUGGACGAGUGUUUAUCCGAGAUUUUCUCUUUCCCGCUCGCGAAACCGGAUGACAAACCGAAGUUGCUGAAGUACCACGUCGCGAUUGACUCUUUUCCGAAGCACGGGAUGCACAACGGUGGCGGCGCGGCAAUGUCUUCGUCCGAUACCAGCAAUACAAAUAAGCCCAUCCUCGUCCCGAAUCUCAUCACGCUCAAAGUCCGGAAAAUCCAGGGCGAAAUUGUGGACUGGGAGGUCCCGCGGAUUUUGUUGGCGGAAAAGUGGAAUUCGGAGCAUAUCAAAUGUAAAAAUGUCUGGGUCUGGAAACUUGUGAUCAUGCGGGGUGGCGUCUCAUGAUGAGGCCACAAAUGCUGGCUCAGCGUGGCAGGUUUCUGAGCUUCUAGGUAUUGCCUAUUCUGCAUGACAGACUGCGUUUGUGCAUCACAGAAAAACAGAGCUCCUGGGUAACGUGCAUGACAGAUUCAAGAGUCAGUCAUGCGAGGCAAGCAUGACAAGCAUGCACUGUUCCAGACCCAGACACUUUUGCACUUGAUAGAGCAGUUGAAGAUCCAGUUCCUCGGCAAGUUCGCCCACUCCAUUUUCCCCGCGGGGACUUUAUCUGUUGGAAAUGUGCGGAAAUAUUUCGAGAACGACCACGUCAGGUUGGUGUUGCGGAAGGAGAUGCGGGCGAAAAGAGUGUCUUCGCCUGGAACUACGGGUAGUGCAACUGGUGCAGACGCGACUUCGGUGAAAGUGACCGUUGAGGAGUCCAUCAACGGGGACGGUUACCAGUAUCUCUUCACCGAAGACUAUCUCCGGAAAAUCGCAGAUUCGCAAACCGAGGAAGUUUCCGUGGAAUUGAGCGUCGUAGCGGACGCUGUGCGGGUGCGGAAGGCGAGUAAACCUCCAGCACAAACGGAGGAACAGAAGAAGGAAGAGGCGAAUAAAAACGGUUCAGGUACAGCGACCGGAACCACAGCCACAGGCGUCACCACUCCAGCAGGCGGCCAAGUUAGCGGACAGAACGCUGGUGAUCAGCUGAUGUCACCGAGAAUGAUGAAUAAUGCAGGAGCCGAUGUAAACGAUCUUUCCCUCACCCCGGACCCGCGAAGUUUGAGUGGAGGAUAUCAAAAGUAAAAAUCCCAUCUCCCCAUAUCAAAACGAAACUUCUGAUGCUGGAUUUGGAUACACAGAUCACAUUUGUCUUGCAGCAGAGGACUGCAGGCAUAUGCCGAGCCUGAGGCGAGAGGUUUUGACGUAGGUGCCUAGCAUGACAAACGUCUACGCUGUAGACCCAACAGCAUCACAAACCGCCUACAUACUGCGGUCAAAUUUCUAGAGUUGCCUUCUUGCAAGACAAACAGGAGUUGUGGUCACAAAUCUGCAUCACAAAUUUUCAGGCGCAUGCGUUUUCAAUAUGGGGAGGGGAGAUUUUUCCUUACGAUAGAGCAACCGGGUCCAUCCCGAACCCCGAUCACAAAUACUACCUGUCCGCCAUCGUCGAAACCUUCUUCGUAUCAACUGCAAAAAUGUCUGGGUCUGGAAGAAUGCAAGUUUGUCAUGCUUGUCUGGCAUGACUCGAGAUUCUGUGUUGCAUAUGCACGAAAAGCCCCUCUUACCUGUCAUGCAAAAAUGCAGUUUGCCAUGCGGAAUACGUAACACAAACACAUGGCAGCCAAAAAAUUUGUCAUGCAUAGCUGCGUAUUGCAGUGCGUCCAUCAUGAUUCACCUUUAGCAUUACAAGUUUCCAGACCCUGACAUUUUUGCAAUGCAUACUUCGGGGUCGGGAUUCUCGCCUUCAUCUUCUCCGCCGUGGCGUUGUGGCGCUACACGAAGAACUAUGACAGUGCACAACUCCCCCUCCCCCUCAUUUGUCAUGCAAAAUAACCAAUCCACCCUGCUUUGCCUCUUGGUACUGUUUGCAUGACAAGUUCUGGCAGCCCAAAUAGCACUACACUCCAGCGCAAAUUUCUCAUGCAAAACCGGCAUUCUUGCUGCUGCUUGAAUUGCCGUUCAUGCUAUACAAAUGAGGGGGAGGGGGGGGUUGUGCACUGUCAUAAGAACGAACUUGCGAAGGCGAAGUCGAAGCGUAUGGGGGGAGCCGGUUCUCCUAUGAAUAUUAGCAGGAGCCCCUCUGCAACUGGAACAGGAGUUCUUGGGAGCCCCUACAUGGACCACCACCACAACAGCAAUACCAAGCACCUCAUCAUGUCGACUAGUAACCAAAUGCAGCUCGGCGACGCAACGGAGGGGGAUGGCUUUGGCAACGCGGGCGCGGGGCUGGGCGAGCAGUCGGUUAGGAUCCCCGUGCGGCUGAAUUCGGCGAGCCCAAGCAACUCGGACACUGCGCACAGUCGGGAGAACAGCAAAGGCGCAACUUCCACUUCGGGUGGUCCUGGGAGGAUGCAGCACACGUCGUCGACCAGGGGAAGCAGUAGAGCGAGUGUGCCGAUCUUCAUUCCAAACCGGUUGUUGAAAAAUCAGGAAAGGUCGCCGGGGUCCUCUGAUAGAGUGACGGGGUAUGGGACGUUGUGAGGCGAUUUUGUCGUCGUGAAUUUGGCUUGCUCGACGAAAUCGGACGAAGGAAAACUUUGAUACCGCACCAACAAAAAUGAAUCAUGGUGCACACGAGAACAAAAAAACGAAUGAAAUUGAAAAGAUACACGCCUGAUAUAAGUGACUUACUUUCCUAUGCGAAUUUUUUGAAUAUUGUUUGACUUUGACAUGAAUUCAGCUGUAUCUAUCGAUGACCUUAUUUCAACGUAUAAUCCAAAAGCUUUAUGAUAUGCGAGACAAUCUAGUGUACCUUUUCGCUCGGACGCGGACAUUGUAGUAAUGCCCUGUAACACUAUCAAUUUGUUGUAAAAUUAAACUGUAUCGAAGAUAUUCCAAGCUGCGACAGGUGACAUCUGUUUUAUCGAAUAUCCUGCAUAGAAGCUGCAAGGAGAAAUGAAGACUACGAUAGAAAGCGCGCUCUUUGAUAUGCCUUGCUGCAGCUCUUUCGGUUUCAAAGUGUCUUGUUUCUCAAUUUUCGUUUGACUUUGAAACUUUAUCACCGCAUCACAAGACAAGGAGACACUUACAGAGAUUGAGGCAGAUACUUACCUGCUUUUAGCAAUGAAUACAAAAAGACCGAGUUGUUUCGUGAACAAAAUUUGUAUGCUUUUUGGAUGGAAGAUUGUGUUUGUGAAACAGGCCGGAAU